AUGUUUUCACGAGGGCAAAGAGGAGGCGGUUAUAGAAAACGAGGCAGUACUAGGCAAAUUGAAACAUAUCGAUCUUGGAACGUUGAAACUCUUGGGAUACCCACUCCCAACGUAGAUGAUUCGACCCAAUAUCGUCCUUGGAAUGCUGCUGCGCUUUCUCUUGAAAGUGAAUCAUCAAUGGAUAUCGACGAGGAACCAUCUAAUGAUACCCAGCGUCCUACUUUAAUUGAAUUAGACUCUUCGCCUGUAAAAUUACCAAAACUCGCGAACAAAGAUAAUCAUCAAGGUUCUCAAAAUCAGAUCACUACACAAUCUAACGCGAUGGAAGAAUUGAAACAGCUUAAUUGGGAAGAUUAUUAUAAGCAAAUGAUGCAAGAGGAGGCCAAGCGUUCAAUCGAAAUUCGACGUCAAAAGCAAAAUGUAAAUACUGUCAGAAAAAUUUCUUGGCAAUCCGUUUAA